AUGGAGAUGGUCCUCAUCUUCACCUUCUGCCUGAUUCUAGCUGGUACUGAUGCUGUAACUACAGUAACUGGAUACAGAGGACGAUCAGUUCAGAUUAAAUGCUCCUACACAUCUGGAUAUGAAAAUAACGAGAAGUAUCUGUGCAGAGGUAAAUGUCCCUAUGUGGGGUAUAAUGACAUUCCUGUUAAGUCUGGAUCUCCUGCUAAAGACUCCAGAUUCUCUCUGUAUGACGACACAACAGCCAAAGUCUUCACCGUCACCAUCACUGAUCUGAGACCAGAGGAUAAAGGAACUUACUGGUGUGUGAUAGAGCGCAAAGGGAAAAAUAUUUACACAGAGAUUCUACUGCAAGUUAAUACGGAUGCUCCUGCCCUCUCUACUGUGUCACACAUCACACACACGACACAUUCCACUUCAACACACUCCAUGAGUACAUCAGUGCAUGCUGGGAACAGACAUCCAAUAACAGCUAACCUAUUAAAUAAUAUUACCCACCCCACCACUGCUCCCUCACCUCAGGAAAUUCCAACCGUCAUCACAGCUGUGUCUGUGGUUCUGGUGCUGCUUCUCUUUUCCCUUUUAUUUGCUUUCGUUCUACAGAGGAAAAAGAAGAUCCAAGGGUCAUCUCCAGCUCAACCUGCACAAAGCUUCUCAAACCGGCAAGUGGUUCCAUGUCCUGAUUAUGAUUAUGAGGAGAAUAAAAACAGCAGAAGUUUUAUUAACACAAUUUACUUCACUGCUCCACCUCCCACAAAUCCCUGUGAGAUUUAUUCCAACAUUGAAUUACCCAGCACUGCUCCACCAUUGGUUAUGAAAUCUCCUGAAAGUCUAACAUAUGCAGCAGUGAGUUUUGACACCAGGGCUAAUGAUGCAGCUCCAGCAGUGAUCUACAAACAGGAGAAUAAUUCAUAUGAAUAUGCUACUGUUAAUAUUAAUAGACAUCGCUAGUUAUCAUACAUUAGAAUGCCAAUCAUUCUGAGUUAUUUGUAAUAUAUAGCACUCAUUACAUUAUGCUAUACUGCUGUUUAAUGUGUUGUGUUCAAAAUGUGUUGUUUAAUUUUCUAAAAUAGCAGUCCUGCCAAAAGUGUGACAGAUAAUAAAACUCUUUUUUUUUUUUUUUUAGAUAUAUUUAAAAUAUUGAUUACUGGCACAAAAUAAAAAACCUGUGGCAUGCUGUUAUGUAAAAAAUAAUCAACUUUGAGGUGAUAACUUUAACAGAUCAUCACACUACACUGUCAUUCAGUUUAGUGUAAAAGGAACACAAUUUGUUAAUUUCUUAUUUGGUAAAUAUUUCUCCUGUUUAAAUGCACUAAAUUUUAAACAGCAUUAUAUUUAUUAAGCAUCAUAUUU